AUGAUACCUGCAGCUUAUGUUCAUCUUUCAUCUAUGCCACUCACCCCAAACGGAAAAUUGGACCAGCGUGCAUUGCCUGCUCCGGAUGAUAAGGCUUUUGCCCGUCAAUCUUACGAGGCUCCAAUAAGUGAAACAGAAAUAAAACUAGCCUCAAUAUGGAGUGAACUGUUGGAUAUUGAGCGUAUCAGUCGGCAUGAUAAUUUCUUUGCGUUGGGUGGCCAUUCUCUCCUGAUUGUAAGGAUGCUGGCAAAGUUGCGAAAAAUCAAUUUGGACACAAACGUCCGGGAGAUAUUUAGUACUCCCUCCUUGGCCGAAUUGGCCAAAACCCUAGUCCAUCAUAAGGCGAUAAUCAUCCCACCUAAUCCGAUUACCGCAGAAAGCACAUUUAUUACUCCGUACAUGUUGCCGCUUAUCACUCUAUCUCAGGCGGAAAUUGAUACACUGAUCACACAGGUGCCGGGCGGUGUGGUCAAUAUCCAAGAUAUUUAUGGAUUAGCGCCUUUACAGCAAGGCAUCUUGUUCCAUCAUAUAAUGGCUGAACAUGGUGACCCAUACUUGAUUCUAAGACGUUUGGAGUUUCAAGACCGAGUGUCAUUGCAAACUUAUGCGUCUGCCCUGCAACAAGUAAUUGAACGACAUGAUAUUCUGCGCACCGUCUUCAUAUGGGAAGGACUGAGUGAACCGGCACAAGUUGUCUUGCGUCGAGUUCCAUCGUUACUUGCCGAAGUUACCUUGAAUGGUACCGAUGAACCGGCACUAGAACAAUUAAUUAACCGAUUUAACACACGUCACUAUCGUCUAGAUUUAAAGCAACCCCCUCUCCUACGUCUGAUAGCAGCACCAAUGUCUGAAGGUGGCUGGGUUGCAUUGCAAUUGAAUCAUCAUUUGAUUGGAGACCAUAUAACAUCAGAAAAACUGUAUGCAGAAGUGAAGGCAACAAAUGAUGGACAAAACGAUCAGUUGGUCACACCCGCACCAUUCCGUAAUCUAGUAGCCCAAGCACGCUUAGGUAUUAGCCAAACUGAUCAUGUUCAAUUCUUCAAAGAAAUGCUAGCCGACAUUGAAACGCCAACCUUACCAUUUGGUCUGAAUGAUGUACAUAGCGAUGGAACAGAGGUUGAUGAAGAAUAUCUAAAACUACCCAAGGCACUCAAUAACCGAUUACGGGCUCAUGCGCAAAAUUUACAGGUCAGCCUGGCCAGUUUAUGUCAUUUGGCAUGGGCACAAGUACUUGCCCGUGCCAGUGGAAGCGAGAAAGUAGUCUUCGGUACUGUAUUACUCGGCCGCUUACAAUCUGGAGAAGGUAACGAUAGUGCUAUGGGGUUACUUAUGAACACAUUGCCAUUGCGAUUGGAUGUUGAUGCGGUAUCCGUAGAGUCCGCUGUGCACCUCACUCAUUCUAGAUUGAGUACGUUGCUGGAACAUGAACAUGUAUCCCUGGCGUUGGCGCAACGCUGUAGUGCAGUGAAAGCUAAUCUGCCACUUUUCAACGCGCUUCUCAAUUAUCGUCAUAAUCAACACACCGAGCACAUCACUACGCCCAUACCAGGUGUUACCUUCCUAGACUCUGAGGAGCGAACCAACUACCCAAUAACGCUUUCAGUAGAGGAUGAUAGAGAUGCACUUGGUGUAACAGCCCAAGUGGUAUCUCCGAUAUCAGCAGCACGUAUCUGUGCUUAUAUGCAACAGGCUCUUGCCUCUCUUGCCGAUGCAUUAAGUAACUCACCAAAACAACAUAUACGAACAUUAACCAUCAUGCCACAGGAAGAACGGGAGAUGCUGUUACGCAGUUGGAACCAAACGACAGUUAAUUAUCCAUCUGUUCGCUGUUUUCAUCAGUUGUUUGAAGAGCAGGUAGAGCGCGACGGACAGGCUAUUGCCGUAGAAUGGGAAGGAGAAAAAAUAAGCUAUGCAGAACUCAACGCACAAGCAAAUCAGCUUGCACAUUACCUAAUUACAAAAGGUGUCAAACCGGAUGACCUCAUCGCGUUCUGUGUUAAACGUAGCACGAAAAUGAUUGUAGCUAUUUUAGGAAUUCUAAAAGCUGGCUGUGCUUAUGUACCACUGGAUCCAGCCUAUUCCAGCCAACGGCUGAUGAAUAUUCUGCAAGAUUCUAUGCCACAUUAUUUGUUGGCAGAUGUCAUUGGUGAAAAAGUACUUGGAAAUCAUCAAAUACCAAUUUUGGACCUAGAUCAAAAGAUAACUAACCGCUUUUCAACCGAUAAUCUUAACCCGACUAAACUGGGACUAACUCCGAACCAUUUGGCAUAUGUUAUUUAUACAUCGGGCUCAACCGGAACACCAAAAGGAGUAAUGAUCGAGCAUCAAUCUGUGUACAAUCUAGCAAAUGCCAUGAGGCCGCUGUUUGGAGUUAACCCCAUGAGCCGUGUACUUUUCUUUGCUACUUGCGCUUUUGAUGCUAGCCUGUGGGAAAUUCUAAUGGCAUUAACAAGUGGAGCCUGUCUUUGCAUGCCCAACGAAGAAACACGGCACAUGGACAUCGCCAUGCUUAAUUAUUUGAGUACUGAAAAGAUUACACAUGUAACUUUACCACCGGCUUUGUUUCGGAACACACAAGAUCUAACCCAUUUAAAUGGCUUGCAAGCGUUGAUAUUGGGUGGUGAAACACCUCCCUUAUCCCUGUUACAAACUGCUUCUAUUCGCACAAAAGUAUUUAAUGUUUACGGUCCCACUGAAACGACUAUUUGGUCGACUAUGUGGUCGUGUCCAGUUGAUUUUAACAACGCUUCGGUACCUAUUGGGCGUCCAUUCUCUAAUACACAAACUUACGUGCUAGAUUCACACGGAGAACCAGUUCUGUUGGGAGCCGAAGGAGAAUUGUAUAUUGGUGGCGCUGGUGUAGCACGCGGCUACCUCAAUCGACCUGAACUUACCGCAGAAUGUUUUCUCCCCGAUCCAUUCAGUGAGAAUCCAGAAGCACGUAUGUAUCGCACCGGUGAUCGGGCCCGUUAUCUUCCUGAUGGCAAUUUGGUCUUUUUGGGACGCACCGACCAACAAGUAAAAAUUCGUGGUUUCCGAAUUGAACCUGGCGAAAUUGAGGCCCGCCUCAUUGAACAUCCUUUGGUGCACGACGCCGUUGUUUUGUCAUGGAAAAACCACUCUGAUACUGAUGCGCGUCUAGUUGCAUAUGUAGUCGCCGAACAACAUAAAUCGCUUUCUCAGAAUUUACGUACCUAUCUGGCGACUUUACUGCCUGACUAUAUGGUGCCGGCGGCUUAUGUUUGUCUAUCAGCGUUGCCACUCACACCCAAUGGCAAGUUGGAUCGACGUGCACUGCCACCCCCGGACGAUGAGUCAUUUUCGCGUCAUUCAUAUGAGGCUCCAAAGAAUGAAAUGGAAAUAAAACUAGCCACAAUCUGGAGUGAACUACUGGGAAUUGAACGCAUCAGCCGGCAUGACAAUUUCUUUGAACUAGGUGGACAUUCACUGAUGGUGAUGCAAUUUGUUACCCAGGCAAAGAUACGCUUUUGUAUACACGUUGAUCCUCGUGGUUUAUUUUCAUUUCCAAUAUUGAAAGAUUUCGCCGAACGCGUGACCAACUCAUCUGAUAGAUUGUAUUGUGAUGCAGCCGUUCCAGCACGUCAAUAUGGAGAUCAAACACCUCUAUUUCUAUUGCCAGACGGCCGCGGAGAUACUUCCUAUGCUUUUGAACUAGCACACGAGAUUGAUAAAAGUAUUCCUAUCUACGUGCUACUGUGGUCGUCGCCAGAAAAUGAACAGCCCACAUCCAUUGAGGAAAUGGCCACAAGAAUGAUCCCUAAGAUAAAGGAAGUACAGCCAAAUGGUCCUUGUGCAAUAGCUGGUUACUCUUCUGGGGGUAUCCUAGCCUAUGAAAUAACAAAACAACUCAUAAGCAGUGGUUAUCCGGUUUCGUUCUUAGGUUUAAUCGAUACGUACUUUCCCAGAGUAUCGGAUAUUCCAAAUGAAACCGUGUGGUGGGAGCGUGUGAGUAAGCUUUCUCUCACCGAAGCCAUUGAAGAGGUGAAAGAAAAGAAUAUAGAUUUGAAAAAUUCAGACAUUGAUUGGGAAGUUCUGUUGUUGAAACAACGAGUUCAUUACCAAAACAUAUGUAGGGUGUACAAGGUCAAUUCGUUGCCAAUUAUAGUAGACUUAUUUAAGGCAACAGAAUUUCUUCUGUCACCUACUGGCAAUGAGUACUUGGACAAAAAUAUUCAAAAACGUCUUGAUUGUGCGAAGAAAUUAUAUAACCGACCUAAACUUGGUUGGGAAAGUGUUCCCAGCUUACGUGUCAUUCUUGUAAACGGUGGUCAUUUUACAAUGAUGUCAGAUCCAAAACAUAGAGCUUUAUUGGGAAGAAGAAUAACUCAGUCUAUGCUUUCUAAAUAA